CCUGACCGCGGCACCGGCCCCGGUACCGGCCCCGCCCGCCCGCGCCCCGGCCCCGCCGGGCCCAGCCCCGGCCCCGGCACCACCCCCGGCAUCACCGGCAUCACCCCCGCCACCACCGGCACCACCGGCAUCGCCCCCACCGGGCGCGGGGCCCGGACCCCCCCCAGGCCGGGGGGCGGCGGGGGGCACGGGGGUCCCCGCCAUGGCCUGCCUGCACGAGACGCGGACGCCCUCGCCCUCGCUGGCGCUGGCCUCGGACGGGACCCCGGAGCAGGAGCUGACCCCCACGCAGUGCGUGCUGCGCGACGUGUUGCCCGCCGCCCCCGCCGCUCCCGCAGCCCCCCCGGAGGCCUGGCCCCGUCGCGGGCCCCCCCGGCACCCUGACCUGGGUUCCGAGGGAGCGGGACCCCUGGCCGCCGAGGCCGCCCACCUUCGGUGCCAGGCGGGCGGGGGGUUCCUGGAGGGGCUUUUCGGCUGCCUCAAGCCCGUCUGGACCAUGAUCGGCAAAGCCUACGCCGCCGAGCACAAGCACCCCCAGGAAGACCCCUGGGAAGUGCCCUUCGAGGAGAUCCUGGACCUGCAGUGGGUGGGCAGCGGGGCGCAGGGUGCCGUCUUCCUGGGCCGCUUCCACGGCGAGGAGGUGGCCGUGAAGAAGGUGAGGGACCUCAAGGAGACCGACAUCAAGCACCUGCGCAAGCUCAAGCACCCCAACAUCAUCACCUUCAAGGGUGUGUGCACCCAGGCACCCUGCUACUGCAUCAUCAUGGAGUUCUGCGCCCAGGGCCAGCUGUACGAGGUGCUGCGCGCCGGGCGCAAGGUCACCCCCUCCCUCCUCGUCGACUGGUCCAUGGGCAUCGCCGGCGGCAUGAACUACCUGCACCUCCACAAGAUCAUCCACCGCGACCUCAAGUCGCCCAACAUGCUCAUCACCUACGACGACGUGGUGAAGAUCUCGGACUUUGGCACCUCCAAGGAGCUCAUUGACAAGAGCACCAAGAUGUCCUUUGCCGGCACCGUGGCCUGGAUGGCACCCGAGGUCAUCCGCAACGAGCCUGUCUCCGAGAAGGUUGACAUCUGGUCCUUCGGGGUGGUGCUGUGGGAGCUGCUGACGGGUGAGAUCCCCUACAAGGACGUGGACUCGUCGGCCAUCAUCUGGGGGGUGGGCAGCAACAGCCUCCACCUGCCCGUCCCCUCCGGCUGUCCUGACGGCUUCAAGGUGCUGCUGCGCCAGUGCUGGAACAGCAAGCCCCGGAACCGGCCGUCCUUCCGCCAGAUCCUGCUGCACCUCGACAUCGCCUCUGCUGACGUCCUCUCCACCCCCCAGGAGACCUACUUCAAAUCCCAGGCGGAGUGGCGGGAGGAGGUGAAGCUGCACUUUGAGAAGAUCAAGUCAGAGGGGACGUGUCUGCACCGGCUGGAGGAGGAGCUCAUCAACCGCCGGCGCGAGGAGCUCCGGCACGCGCUGGACAUCCGGGAGCACUACGAGCGCAAGCUGGAGCGCGCCAACAACCUCUACAUGGAGCUCAGCGCCCUCAUGCUGCAGCUGGAGCUCAAGGAGAAGGAGCUCCUCAGGCGGGAGCAGGCACUGGAGAAGCGCUACCCUGGGCUCUUCAAGCCGCGGGCGCCGCGGGGGCUCCUGCACGGCAACGCCGUCGAGACCCUCAUCAAGAAACGCAACGUCCCCCAGAAGCUCUCGCCCCACGGCAAGCGACCCGACAUCCUGAAGCCAGAGGUGCUGCUGCCCAAGCUGGAUGCAGCCAUGGCGCAGGUGGCCCUGCCGGGGUGUCCCAAGGGCCCCCCCUCACCCGGGCGCAGCCGCCGGGCCAAGGGCCGCCAUCGCAAAGCGGGACCCCGGGGGGGUUGUGGGGAGCCGGGUCCUGAGGCCGGACCCCCCCGGGGGCUCCCUGGACCCCCCCCAGCCGCCACGGGCCCCGACCUCCUCGGGGGCACCCUGGAGGCUGCGGGUGUCCCCCCGGCCACGGUACCUGAUGCUGGACCUGGGGGGGCAACGGGCACCCAAGGGUCCCCCCCGCCACGGCCCCCCGCUCCCGGUGAGCCCGAACGAGAGAGCGGGGCUGGCCGGGGGGGGAAAGCGGGGGCCGGGCAGCACCUCACCCCCGCGGCACUGCUGUACCGGGCGGCCGUCACCCGUGGGCAGAAGCGGGGGGUCUCAUCGGAGGAGGAGGAGGGCGAAGUGGACAGCGAGGUGGAGCUGCCGCUGCGGCAGAGGUGGCCCCCGGGCAUGAGCAAGCGCCAGUCGCUGUCGACCUUCAGCUCGGAGAACUUCUCGGAUGGGGACGGGGAUGGGGACGGGGACGAGGGGCACACGAGCGAGCCCUCGCACAGUGCCACCCCCGACGUGGGCAGCACCAACACGGACGAGCGUCCCGAUGACCGUUCCGAGGACCUGCUCUCCCAGGGCUCCGAGAUCCCCCUGGAUGCCGCUCCCCCCGAGGGUCCCGGCCGCCGUCAAGGGGGGCUCAGCCCCAAGGUCUCCGAAGACUCAGACUGCGACAGCGCGGAGCUGGACCACUCAGGCAGCGGCGAGGGGCCCCCCCGACCCACGGCCCCCCCCGGCCUGUGACCUGUCCCCCCACCCCCCUGCACACCCCCCACUUGUACAGCCCCAAAUAUUUAUAUAAAUAUCU